AAACAAUAGGAAGUUGAAGAUGGCGGAAAGGCGGUGUCAGCCCUACGCGCUGAAAUGAAAUUAAAACCAAGCGCUUCCAAUCAUUUCACAUGAAACGAUACCAAAUCGAGCGCUCCCACGCACUUUACGCUUUCGCAUUUUUCAUCAAAUUUUGCUUGGUUUCUUUACUAUCAUCACGUUUUUAAACAGUUCCAAUAAAUCUAAAACACUUUAGACGAAAUAGUAAAAGGUAUCAAAAUUAUGCUGAUUAUGUCUGACACCGUCGUCCACGUUACUAGAUCCGAUACAGUAGGUGGCAGUGUGCGUCUUUGAAGUGAUGGUUGCAACUCAGCAUUUAAACCAACGAAGAAGAAGAAGACAUAGUGUUUAUGUGUGGGAAAACAUGGCGGCACGUGUAGGUUGUGAGCAUUACACACGAAACUGUUUACUCAAAGCACCUUGCUGUGGUAAACUGUAUGUGUGUCGGCUGUGCCAUGAUGCAGAGGAGAGUCAUCAGAUGGAUCGGUUUAAAGUGGAAGAGGUGCAGUGUUCGGAGUGUCAAACAUUACAACAGGCACAACAGGCUUGCCGACAGUGUCAUGUCCAGUUUGGGGAGUAUUACUGUGACAUUUGCCACUUGUUUGACAAGGAUAGGAAGCAGUACCACUGCCAUCCCUGUGGGAUAUGUAGGAUCGGACCAAGAGAGAGGUAUUUCCACUGUAGCAAGUGCAAUUUAUGUUUAGCGCAGGACCUUCAAGGAAACCACAAGUGUGUGGAGAAUGUUUCCAGGCAGAACUGCCCAGUGUGCAUGGAGGAUAUCCACACGUCUCGAAUUGGAGCACACGUUCUUCCAUGCGGUCAUCUUCUCCAUAAGACCUGUUUUGAUGACAUGGUCAGGACUAGUGCAUAUCGCUGCCCUCUUUGUAUGCACUCUGCCUGGAACAUGGAGGACCACUGGGAUCAGAUAGACAAAGAGAUCGCCCAAUCACCGAUGCCCACCGAAUACCGGGAUACCACAGUCAAGAUUAUGUGCAACGACUGUCAAGCUCACUGCACGGUACUUUUCCACGUGUUGGGGAUGAAGUGCAGCAGCUGUGGCUCGUAUAACACCGCACAGGACGGAGGUCUCAUCCAGCUGCCCCAACAGCCGCCGGAUCCAGAGCUGGAUGCUAAUGAGCUCGAGACAAACGAAGAGCCAGAGCAGCAAGAUGAACCAGAGUAAACGAUGCCCCAUUAUUAUUUGACUUGUACAUGUAGUCACAUGAGUGUAUAAGUGUAAGUAAUUACAAAUAGUGUAUAGUUCUUUAUUAUUAUUAUUUGUGCCUGGAUAUAUAUAUAAGCAUUACAUUGAUAAUAUAUUUCCUAUGCAGCCAAACCCCAUUGUGCUUAGCAUAUCUGACUAUUUCAUGUCUUCCCUUUGUUGUUAAAUUUGGUCCGUAAAAAAAGACAAAAAAAAAAAAAAAAUGGGUUGUUUUGAACAAAUUGAUUCAAUAAGUGACAAAUGUGCAUGUAUAAAUAUACUGGAAUGUUGUGAUUUUGUUACAAUCUAAAUUACAGCACAUACUGUUCAAUUU